AUGACCGGAGGUGGGACCAGUCACCUGUUCUGGCCACUGCUGCUUUUGCUGCUGCCCCUGACUCCAGAGGCCACCUCCACUAGGCAGUCUACCGAGCUAAGUUCCUCAACGUCUCCUCUGCCGGCCGAAUGGGAAAACCCGGGAGCACUGGAGGAAUUGGAGUCCGAGGCCCAUGAUCCACACCAUGCUGUACACCUGGAACAUGUUACCCACAGCAGCCAGGACGUCAGCCGAGUGUGUGGAAAGCCCAAAGGGAUAGUUAAGGUGUUUGGUGGCCAGAAUGCAGCGGCGGGCCAGUGGCCCUGGCAGGCCAGCCUGCUCUAUUUGGAGCGUCACCUGUGCGGAGCUGUCCUCCUGGAGGACCGCUGGCUGGCUUCUGCAGCCCACUGUUUCCUCAACAAAUCCAGGAACCCAGACGACUAUCGGGUUCUGUUGGGGAACAUCCAACUGUACCAGCCAACCCAGCAUACGCAAACGAUAGCCGUGAGUCAGAUUAUCCCCCACAGAGCGUUCGAGAAGUUUCAUCCCUAUGGCAGCGACAUUGCCAUGGUGCAGCUGCAGUGGGCUGUGAAUUUCACAUCGUACGUCCUUCCCGUCUGCCUCCCAUCCACAGACCUACACCUGUUCCAUCAGACGUCCUGCUGGAUAACCGGCUGGGGAAAGAUCUCCGAAGACACGAAACUGUUGCCACCCUUCUUACUCCAGGAGGGUAAGGUGGCCCUGGUGGAGAAUAAGUUCUGUAAUACCCUAUUUGGGCAAAGAUCUGGCCAAGACAAUGACUACGUGCAUGAAGAGAUGCUGUGUGCAGGGGACUUCUCCACAGGAAAGUCCAUCUGCCCAGUUGAUUCUGGGGGGCCCCUGGUCUGCUUCCACUCCAAUGUCUGGGUUCUGGUAGGUCUAGCCAGCUGGGGCCUGGACUGCCGGCAUCCUAUCUACCCCAGUGUGUUCACCAGGGUUGCCUACUUCAUUGAAUGGAUCAAUAAAGCCAAGAGGCUUGCGGCUUUCCGGCACCAUAUUCACAGGCCUCGCAUGAACUUUUCGGUGGCUGUGAUGACUACUGUCUCAGCUCAGCCCCACACUACCCUCGUGUCCGCACAGACAUGGCUCUUGCUGCCAUGUGUCUUCCUAGUACCACAGCUGGCUCUGUGGUGA